UCCCCUGUCCAUCAUGCUGUGAGGUGCCAGCUCGUGUUUCUUUCUGAACACAAACGCCGCUGAUGCAGUUUUCCAGCCGAACUUUCCGCGAACAGAACAGCCAGAAAAGCCGCGCCGAACUCGAACAAAGCGGCGCCACAAAAGAUCGCUUGACACAGCAAAGGCCGCGCUCGCGAACAAUGGCCGGCUUUCUGUUGGCGCGCGCUGCGGCGGGACGUCGUGGCCGCUGGAAGAGUCCAAAUGCAAAGUUUUCUCUUUUUUUCUCUUUUUUUCUUUGGCUAUUUCGCCGGACGGGCCGAGCGGGCGGCGGUCAGUCCAGCAUGAGCCCUCAGAGGGUGAGCAGCCCGGUUUUCACACACUAAAGGCGGACUGAGGGGGCACUGAGCACUGGGACAACAGAGAAGCGCGCGCAGCCAUGUUUAAGACCAGCUACACGCGCGAGGUGCGCAAGGAGAAGUUCGAGCGCUCGGAUGUGUUCGAGGAGCCCGAGCCCGACAGCGAGGCGGGCCGGCGCGCGCACCCCGCGCUGCCCGCCUGGGAGAGCCUGCAAGAGCUGAACAGCCGCUUCGCGCGCUACAUCAACCGCGCGCGCGUGCUCGAGCAGCGCAACGCCGUCUUCCGCAAGCAGCUGGAGACGCUGCAGCGCAUGGAGGAGGCCGCGGGGCUCGAGGAGGCCUUUCACGAGCAGAUCGGCGUCAACAGACAGCGCAUCCGCGAGCUGCUGGCCGAGCGCGCCAAGCUGGAGCGCGAGCUGAAGGACGCCGAGCGCAUGCUGGACGAGUUCAGCAGCAGAUACAGAAACGAGUGUGAAUAUCAACAACAGCUGCGUGGGACCCUGGAGCAGCUUAAUAAGGAGGCGGAUGCAGCGCUUCUGAGGAACCUGGAGUAUCAGAUCGACUCUCAGUUCCUGCAGGAUGACAUCAACUCCACAAGAGACAGACAUAAAAAGAACCUUGCCGAGAUUCAGACCUAUGUAAACAUCCUGCAUCAGAUCAACCAGACGGCCGUUCUAAUGCCCAACAUGUCAGUUGGCUUCUCAGAGGAGCAAGAGAGGCUGAUAGCUCAGAGGCGAGUUCCUGCCCUGCAGUGCCAGCUAGAGGAGUACAAGAGCGCCCUCUGCCAGCUGAAGGCGCAAAAACAGAGGCUGCAGACAGAGACCUCAGUGUUGGAGCAAACCAUCAAGAGCACGCAGGAGAGCUAUGACGACGAGAUCCAGCUUUACAACGAGCAGAUCGAGUCGCUCAGGAAGGAGAUUGAGGAGGCCGAGCGCUCACUGGAGAAAUACACCAACGAGUGCCGACAGCUGGCCAUAUACCAGACCUCCCUGGAGAACGAGCUGGAGAGGUACAAGAGGAUCAUCGAGAAUGAAGACAACAGAUUGAAUUCGGCUAUAAUUGGAACACCCAUUAGCCUGUUCACCACCAAUUACAGAUACACUCCCAGUUCCACCUCGAGCAGUCGAGGGAAAGAUAUCACCCAAGCCAUCCAGGACAUCACCAACAUCAAGCCUCGUCAGAAGUAUCUUGCCAAGAAAGUGACCAAAAAGAAGGAUCUCACUUCCAAAGACAUGAUGGACAGUGCCCAGGAGGAAAGAGGAACUGGCGAAUGUGCGGAGGAGGACAGAAGAGGAGCAGAGGAGGUGGAAGGGAAGGUGAAACGGGAGGAGCACACUCCUCUGUUCAAGGGGGUUGCUCGCGAAGAUGUGCCUGAUGGUGCCCAGAUCAGCAAGGCCUUUGACACGCUCUGCAACAUCGUCCGGGACAGGAUGCGCAAGUACAAGAAACCUGAGCCCAUAGCCGACUUUUUCACCAAGGGCCGCUAUGUCCUGGUAACGGGCGAGUCCAGCUACCAAGACCCCUGCUUCUAUUCGUCCACGCCUUCUGCAGGCCACGUCUUCGUCACCAUCUGUGAUGACAUGUUCCCCCCAUACGGGCCCUACGCGCGCAAAACUCCCUCUCCCACUCCUUCUCCUGUCCCUCCCCCCAUCCCUCUAACCCCACCCCCUCCCUUAGACGACGGCAAGGACGAUGAGAGAAGAGGGAAGGAAGGUGGCGAAGAGAAGAAAGAAGAUAAUCAUUUGAAAAAUGGAGAUUCUGACAAAGCCAGACAACCAAAAAGCCCAACUCCACCCCCUGGUCCCAUCCCAUGCCCUAACAGCAUGCCUCGAGGCCCCUAUCCUGCACCAGAACCUGGCCAGCCUUCAUCUCAGCAGAGUGACAAGAACAAGGGUGCAGAAGACCGCAGCAGGCAAAGGGGACCCUCACCUCGUUCCAGAGGCCACCCCCCAGACUCCAUGAGCUACGAGAAAGUGGAGGUGGUGGAGUCAGUGGAAAAGCUCUCGCCAGACCACAAAGUCAAGGGCUAUGAGGAGACUGCCGUGGUGGUGGAGACCAUGAUUGAAAAGACCAGCAAAAAAAAGCAUGGAGACCGGUCCACGUAAGAAGCUUCUGGCCCCUGACCAAAGAAAAACACAAAAAUGACAAAAAAGUACAUUCCACUUAUUCCUUGCCAUUCCUGCCUCUUUUCUGCUCCAGCUCUGGCCUAGCUCCACUACGUAGCUGCACCACCCGCGGUGCUACUUUACAACUCCCUGUGCCGACAGCUUUGGCCUUUACUGUCUGAAAACUUGGGAAUGUCAACAGACAAAGAAAGCCCCGUCCUUCACCCCCAAUAAAGGAAUGUUUUGAUACAUUGUUUCAGCUUGAAACAAUAGAGUGCCUUUUUCUAAUCGGAAUAAUGCUGCUGCCCUCAGGAAUAUGUUUGCCCUCCACCCCCAAACUCUAGAAAGCCCUGAGUUCAAGAGAUUGAGUAGCUUCCAAUUUGUUCAAUUGGAAUAUUAGUAAUUGCAAAUCGCACAGUCCUGCUGUGUAUUAAUUGCUUUACAAAUAAAAAUUAAAAUGUCCAAAA